GCAACUGGGGAAUCAUAUCGCAGCUUAACAUUCACAACAAGAGUACCUGCUUGUACUUUAUCAGGUAUCAUACCAGAAACAGUCAGAGUAAUCUACGAGGUAUUGAAAGAUGAGUAUUUGAAGACUCCAGAUACAGAAGAAGAGUGGAAUCAUGUUGCUGACGACUUUUUCACACAAUGGAAUAUGACAAACUGCAUCGGUGCAUUAGAUGGCAAGCAUAUUCAGUUUAAAGUUCCUCUGAGCCAAGGAUCGUUAUACCGUAAUUAUAAAGGAACUGACAGUAUAGUCCUUCUGGCAGUAGUAGAUGCAAGUUACAAGUUUCUGUAUGUUAAUGUUGGAGUAAAUGGGCGAGUGAGUGAUGGUGGAGUUUUUCGAGAUAGUGACUUAUUUCGAUUACUAGAUAGUCCUGUAAAUCCAUUGAAUAUCCCACCAAACAAACCACUCCCUAGGAUGACUCAACCAGUACCACACGUUAUUCUAGCAGAUGCUGCUUUUCCUCUUCUCAAUAAUAUUUUAAAGCCAUACCCAUUCCGGAACAUGACGCACAGUGAACGUAUUUUCAAUUAUAGACGACUUUCUAGGGCUCGUAGAGUUGUAAAAAAUGCCUUUAGCAUUUUGGCAAACCGAUUUCGUGUACUGCAAACUACAAUAUGUUUACUGGUUGAAACAGUACAAAAUGUAACUUUAGCUUGCUGUGCAUUGCAUAAUUUUCUAAAUAAAGAGAAUCCAUUUCUUAAUAGAAUAACAAAUGUCGAUGACAUUAAUUAUGGCUCAUCGAAAUAUAAUAAUCAGUUACAAAGUCUAUCCGUAAUUAAUGUUCGUCCAAGCCGAAAUUCUCUUCAUGUACGUUCAACGUGUAAAGAAUAUUUUAAUACAGUCGGUGCAGUUUCUUGGCAAGAAAAUAUGUUAUAG